AUGUGCGCUGCGCCCGCGCGCGCGCUCGCGAGACGCACCGCCACGCUCCUGCUGGGCGGGGAGCUGGGCGUGCGUACCAAGACUGUCAAGAAGGCCGCGCGGGUCAUCAUCGAGAAGUACUACGCGCGCCUGACGCUCGACUUCCAGACCAACAAGCGCGUGUGCGAGGAGGUUGCCAUCAUCCCCUCCAAGGGGCUGAAGAAUAAGAUUGCCGGCUAUGCGACGCACCUGAUGAAGCGUAUCCAGCGAGGACCGGUGCGCGGCAUCUCGCUGAAGCUGCAGGAGGAGGAGCGGGAGCGGCGCAUGGACUUUGUGCCCGAGGUGUCUGCGGUCGACACCGACGUGAUUGAGGUGGACGCCGAGACCAAGGCGAUGCUGCGGAGCCUGGACAUGGGCAACUUGCAGGGGAUCGUG